UGUAAACCCAGGAUGGCAUCUUCAGCCAUUUUCCGUAAAAUAAAUUGACGUUUAGCUCUAACAGAGUAAAAGACACCGUGGUACGAUUAAAUUGGAGCAAUUAAAAGUGCCCGAAAGGAAUUAAAAGACGUCGAAAAGUUGACUAGAAUUGUGUAGAGCAAAUAGAUCGGAAGCAAACAUAAUCCAUGGGUGCCGAAGAUCGUGAACCGCGUGGUGGAGUUGGUGAGCGCGGAAACACUAGACGCCACAGAUCCAGAGAUCGGUCUCGUACACCACGCCGUCGGAGUCGGUCUCGCGAUCGUCGUCGUAGUCGGUCCCGAUCACCGCGUGGCGGAAAGAAUGGAAACCGUUCACGUAGACGUAAGCCUUCACUGUACUGGGAUGUUCCGCCACCGGGCUUCGAGCACAUCACACCACUGCAAUACAAAGCGAUGCAAGCAGCCGGUCAAAUUCCAGCGAACAUUGUUGCGGAUACGCCACAAGCGGCCGUGCCAGUAGUGGGAAGUACAAUCACCAGACAGGCAAGGCGACUGUAUGUCGGCAACAUACCGUUCGGUGUAACCGAGGAAGAAAUGAUGGAAUAUUUCAAUCAACAAAUGCAUUUGUCUGGCUUGGCACAGGCAGCCGGUAAUCCGGUUCUGGCCUGCCAAAUAAAUUUAGACAAAAAUUUUGCAUUUUUGGAAUUCAGAUCUAUCGAUGAAACGACCCAAGCAAUGGCAUUCGAUGGCAUCAAUUUCAAGGGACAAAGUUUGAAAAUACGUCGACCACACGAUUAUCAACCGAUGCCAGGAAUGACUGAUGGUGGCGGCGGAGCGGUAACUGUGCCCGGUGGAGUGAUCAGUACGGUUGUGCCCGAUUCACCACACAAGAUUUUCAUUGGCGGUUUGCCCAAUUAUUUGAACGAAGACCAGGUAAAAGAGUUACUCCUUUCAUUCGGACAACUACGUGCAUUCAAUUUGGUCAAAGAUGCCGCAACGGGGCUGAGCAAAGGUUACGCUUUCGCCGAAUAUGUAGACUUCAACAUUACAGAUCAGGCAAUUGCCGGUCUAAAUGGCAUGCAACUUGGUGACAAAAAGUUGAUCGUUCAACGGGCUAGUGUCGGAGCUAAAAAUACCACUGUCGCCGGCCAAGUAGCACCGGUUCAAAUCCAAGUUCCUGGCUUGUCAUUGGUCGGCACAUCGGGACCGCCAACGGAAGUGCUGUGUUUGCUGAACAUGGUGACACCGGACGAAUUACGUGACGAAGAGGAGUACGAAGAUAUUCUCGAGGACAUCAAAGAGGAGUGCAACAAGUACGGUGUGGUGAGAAGUGUCGAAAUUCCGCGGCCCAUUGAGGGUGUCGACGUGCCCGGUUGCGGUAAAGUAUUUGUUGAAUUCAAUUCGAUUGUGGACUGUCAGAAGGCACAACAGGCUCUGACUGGAAGGAAGUUCAGUGAUCGGGUCGUUGUAACAUCGUACUUUGAUCCGGACAAGUAUCAUCGUCGCGAAUUUUAAAGAAAAAGUUUUUUUUUUCUAAAUUUUCGAACUCAUUGGGCGCGUUUUACUCGUUUUUUUAAUUUAAAACAUUUUCUUUGUAUUUUUUGAUGUGGCCAUGGAAUGCGUGGCUAAUGAUUUAAAAAUUGUCAAAAACGUCAAUAGAUAUGGACCGUGUGUUGGUUAAGAAAACAUUUAAACAAAACAAAACAAAAACUGUAAACCUAACGAAAAUCUAACAGAAUUUAACAUUUAGCACAGACACAAACCAAUUAAUAAAAACAAAAA